CGUAGAAAACAUGAAAAAAGACACGAGUGCGAGCGGCGCUGCUUCCAGCAUCGGUCGUAUUCCCCAAACUUGUGACGAUCUGCAGAAAAUUGGCCACCGGAAAAGCGGAUUGUUUUCAGUUAUGGGCAACAAAACGGUUGACAACGUCUACUGUGAUUUUACGAAACCAAUCAACGAUGCAGGCUUUCAAAAAUUGAUCGGUCACGUCGACGUUAAAGCAACGCCCAUUUAUUUUUACGCCCAAAGAUCAUCAGAUUUCAAGACUCCCAACACCGUUGUUCCAUUUGAUUUGCUGAGAUUAAACGUGGGGAAUGCCAUGAACACUAACGGAGUAUUCGUCGCACCUACAUCGGGCAAAUACUUUUUCACUUUUUCGGGUGUUAGUGAUCGUAGCAACGUGCGUCUUGAUCUGCAAUUGAAGACAGCAACCGUAGAUUGGUCAAGGAUAACGCAAGGGAUCGGAACUGGCGAAUAUCAAACAUGUUCGCUGCAAUCCACCUUGCAACUUGCUAAGGGCGACCAAAUUAGACUCAUAUUAAUAGAUGGAAUACUUCACGAUCACGCCCACCAUUACACCAAUUUUGUUGGCCAGCUACUCGAGGAAGACAUCCUUCAUUAA